CUUUUCUCUCUCUCUCUCUCUCUCUUUCCCUUCCCGGCUCGCCGGCCGUUGAUCGCCUGCAACAAGGAAGCCAAGAUGGCGGCGGCGGGAGGAGGAGAGUGCGACGUGAUUAUGGCGCCCGCGGCGGCAACCCUGGCGGCGCCUUCUCACCCUGAGGGGCCGGCGAUGUUGAGCGACGAGGACGAGGACGCGGGGACGCGCAGAGAAGCAGAGUCCUUCAAGGAGCAAGGAAAUGCCUUUUACGCCAAGAAGGACUACAAUGAAGCGUACAACUACUACACAAAAGCGAUAGAUGCAUGCCCCAGCAAUGCCAGCUACUAUGGGAACCGAGCUGCCACGCUUAUGAUGCUGGGCAAAUUCCGGGAGGCCCUGGCGGAUGCCCAGCAGUCCGUCAGGAUGGACGACAGCUUUUUGCGGGGACACCUACGAGAGGGAAAGUGCCACCUAUCUCUGGGCAACGCCAUGGCUGCCAGCCGCUGCUUCCAACGAGUUUUAGAACUGGAUCAUAAAAACGCACAAGCUCAGCAAGAGCUGAACAACGCCAGAACUGUUCUAGAGUACGAGAAAAUUGCCGAAAUUGACUUUGAGAAACGGGAUUUCCGAAAGGUUGUCUUCUGCAUGGAUCGUGCUCUGGAAUUUGCCCCCGCUUGCCACCGGUUCAAAAUCCUCAAAGCAGAAUGCUUAGCAUUGCUGGGUCGCUACCCUGAAGCACAGUCUGUGGCCAGCGACAUCUUGCGAAUAGACUCCACAAACGCUGAUGCCCUGUACGUCCGAGGGCUGUGCCUUUACUAUGAAGACUGCAUCGAGAAGGCCGUGCAGUUCUUCAUCCAGGCACUCAAAAUGGCUCCCGACCACGACAAGGCCUGCCUCGCCUGCCGCAACGCCAAAGCGUUAAAAGCAAAGAAGGACGAUGGUAACAAAGCCUUCAAGGAAGGGAACUACAAGCUCGCCUUCGACCUUUACACAGAGGCCCUUGCAAUAGACCCAAACAACAGGAAAACAAACGCCAAACUCUUCUGUAACCGCGGGACGGUUAAUGCAAAGCUUAGAAAGCUAGAUGAAGCAAUAGAAGACUGCACAAGUGCCAUCAAACUGGACGACACUUACAUCAAAGCCUACCUGAGAAGAGCACAGUGUUACAUGGACACAGAGCAAUAUGAAGACGCUGUGAGGGAUUAUGAAAAGGUUUACCAGACGGAGAAAACAAAAGAACACAAACAACUCCUUAAGAACGCGCAGGUGGAGCUGAAGAAAAGCAAGAGAAAAGACUAUUACAAGAUCCUGGGCGUGGACAAGAAUGCGUCUGAAGACGAGAUCAAAAAGGCAUAUCGGAAGCGGGCCCUGAUGCAUCACCCAGAUCGGCAUAGUGGUGCAAGUGCAGAGAUCCAGAAAGAGGAAGAAAAGAAGUUCAAAGAGGUCGGUGAAGCCUUCACCAUCCUCUCGGAUCCGAAGAAGAAGGCACGCUACGACAGUGGGCAGGAUCUGGAGGAAGACGGCAUGAAUAUGGGAGAUUUUGAUGCUAAUAAUAUCUUCAAGGCAUUCUUUGGAGGGCCAGGAGGCUUCAGUUUUGAAGCUUCUGGACCAGGGAAUUUCUUUUUCCAGUUUGGCUAAGCUGCAGAAGAGUCCCAUCUCUACCGAGACACACCUACUUUGCCAGAUCUGCUUCUUUUAACCUUGAGUUAUGUUCUCCCUUCAUCACAUCUCGACGUUUCUUAGGGCCGUGGCGUUUUCUCUGUUGGAGACCUCAGUUUUUUUGUGUGUGCUUUAGAGUGUUAACGAGAAAACCAGCGCUUGAAGAGAGAAGGGGGAGGGGCAGUGAAGGAAUAUGCUUUUUUUGUUGUUUGUUUUAUUGUUAACUUUAUUAAAAAAAAGAGAAAGAGAAAUAAUAAUGAUAAUAAAAAUUAUUCCUCCACGAUAAGUAAUUUCAGACACCCAAAGCUGCUGGGAUUGAACUGGUGGAAUUCCUCACCUUCUGAGACAGGCCUGAGACUUUUCUUAAGGACAUAACAUGCCUUCAUAUUUAUGUAAGUAAGAAGAACCCAAUGAUGAGGGGUUUUCAUGCUUCGGUUCUAUCAUCCUGGCUGUAGCCACACCAGACCAUAUAAACAAAGGUAUUCACACACUUAAGGAACACAGGCAAAUAGGGAAGUUCAUGCCAUUACUAUCAGUGAUAUUCAUCUUUGGAAUAAGGAGAUGCCCCCACCCUCAUCUUUCAGCACCUGCUGUAAUACCUCCAAAGAGUCUGAAACAAAAAAUAUUUUUUUUGGGGGGGGAGCUUCUUUGUUUCCAAUUUCUUGAGUACUUCAAGGAAAUGGUAAGGGCUGAUUUAACACGUAGGUGUUUGUCGUUUGGCGAUGACCCCCGUAGUGCAGCUGUAAACCUGACUCCCAUUGAAAAGCAUAUGGUGAAUGUCAGGUGUAAUGAAAGAUCUCUGUAUGUGUGUGUGUGUGUGUGGUUUUGGAUCCGCAGUGGCCAUUUCGCACAUGCAAAUCAUCACUCAAUGUCACAUCACGGUUCAUACAUGCCACGUGCAAAUCCACCCUAAGCGUCGGAACCUGCUCCUUAACCAAUGUGUGGGAUCUUCAAAACCACUCUCCCCCCCCCCUCCCGGAAAUGAUUUUUCAGAAUUGACCAACAAUAUGUACAGCCUCGAAGAAGACAAAAAUCAGUAAGCAUUUGUGGGGUGUUGGGGGGCUUUUGGGGUAAAGAGGACUGCGAAGUUUCUGCUGGGCAGCCCUUGUAGCAUGCUGUAAAGGUGCUUGUUGUCUCCAAGCACAAAUCUUUUGUGCCGAGAGCUGAGUUCAAAAUAUUCUGCAUACAUCUUUGUACUCGUGGAACCUCAGAUUUUGCUCAGAGCUGAGCUGUCAACCUACCCCGAUGGGUUGUUUCACAAGAUGAUAAUUUGCAGCUGGAAUAGUAACAACCAGCCACCCUGGAAUUGUUGGCUGGUUUUUAAAAAAAACAAAACUGUUAUCCAUGUGGUAAUUACUGUGAAUAUUGGCCACACCAAGUAACUGUGUUCAUAAUACCUCCUUGUUUGCAGCAGUUGGCUCAUUCCUUUUCUUCUCAGUGGCAAGCCAUCUUAGGUAGGCGUUUGUCCCUUCCCCGCUCUACUCCAACUUGUGACCCGUUUUCGAUCAGUGAUAUUUUAAUUUACGGUUCCAUCUUAAGAGGUGUCCUCAGGCCCUGUGAGUUGCCUGCUACUUUUGAAGCAGGUCACCUCCUGGCAAAUGAAGGCUUAACAGUAGGUUUUACCUUGAUCCCUGGUUCCCAACCCCAGCCUCCUACUGAAGUACUUUGGAACAGAAUCUCUCUUGGCAGAGGUGCAGUUGAUAGCAGGAAGCACAUAUUGCUAGCUAGGCUGAAGGGAGGAGACAGCAAGGAAGUCAGCACCAGAAGUGGGGAGCGUGAUCUAGGUGUCUGGCUUACAUGAGGAUCUUUUCGUGUUAGCACACAGUCUUGGGAACGCCAUCUCUCUGGUUUAGGCCUGCAUGGUGUAGUUUUCAUUGAUGGGCAUGUGUUUCAUUGGCUUGAUUUGACUGCCCGGAGUCAAAUCAAGUGGGUGUUUUGACUUGCGUAUACUUGGAAUGUUAAUCACAAAAAUAGGACAGCUGUGUUCAAAUGUGGGCAGGAAAGGAUAUGAAGCCACAAAAUCGCGCUUCAUAAUUGUCUUACACUGAAGCAAAUUAUACAAGCAGGGUGUUAAACUUCGGUAGCCUGAUGCUACUGGACACCUGGGAAAAGUAGGACUGAAGCGUUCGCUGAAGCGUCGCCCCCCCCCCCUUAGAUGUCUUGGCUGAUUGAGAUCCCUUUGUCUAGAGACAGAAAAUGAGGCUUCCAGGGAUGUUGUUAUUUUUUCGGUGAAUGGGCUGCCUAGUCAGCUGCAGAUGGACAUCUUAAAGCUUUCAUGGGAAGUCACUUCCUUCAUGUCUCCAGGCAUUUUGAAUCCUUUUGCGAUCCAAAAGCUAACAAUAGGCAGAAGUUUCUGGGACCUGACUUUGAUUGUGAAGCCGGUGAGUGCCAAUUUCAAACCAACUACUGCAAGGUUUUUGUUUUUUUUGUUUUGCCUUUUUAUUGUGUGUUUCCAACUACCUGAAGGUCUGCUUCCAUUCCACUACGGAGGCCUCAUAGGUUUUUGAUUUUAUGUUAAAAGUAGCAAGCAGGAACUGUAGGAUCUGCUUUUAAAAAUCCUCCACACCUAACGUGGCAUUUUAAACUUUUGCAUCUCAUUCUUAAGUUUAUUUUUGAAUUUAUCCGCAUUGCAUUUAAGAGCUACCAGAUUGUUUUGUUGCCGAUGGCCCCUGUAGGCUCUGCCUCGCCAUCUUUAUCUGUGUGCGACCUGAUAGUGGUAGAGCAGGCUGGUUGCAGGUGGGGAUUGCAUUUCUGAACGCUCUCCUAAGGGAAUAACUCCCUAAAAGUAGCUGGCUUUGUUUUGUAUUGUACACUUAAGCCUCAGUGGGAAGGUGGGGUGAGAGAAAAACCAGGGGACCUUUUCCAAGUAGAGAGACCUGGGGCAGCUUCCACCUUGCUUGUGAGCCACUGCGCUCAAGGGUGAAGUUUUCUAGGAAACCUCGCCUUUUUGCCUCAACGUUUCUAAAUUCUGUUUCCCCACCCCGACCCCAAAAGACACACACACUUUUUAUUUCUGUACACUGCCUUAUAUUUCCUUGCAUGCACUGCAUCCUUUUUGGAACACCUGAGAGAAGGACAGGUAAAACCAGUGUUGAAGCCAUUUGGAGCUGAGGCCAUUUAGCUAGAAAUAUUUAACAUACUCUGUUUUGCCUCAGUGUGAGGAUCUAGCCUUCCCCCGUUAAAACGUUUGUUGCAUGAUCUCUUCUAGAGCGACACCCCACUUCCCCCUCUCUCCUGGGGGUGGCUUCACACUUGGAUAAGUAACACACUGUCCCACUUGAACUCUUUCACCUUUCCAAAAUGAAGAUUAUUAGCGGAGAACAAAAACUGGUGACUGUUUCGUUAGGCAGGAUUCAUAAUGUGUUUAUAUGCAGAAAAUUUCAAACCAGACUGAAGCAAAAACCGUAUGCAAUUGAUAUUAACUUUAUUAUAAACUGUAUAUGAUGUACAAAAUAAAAAAUAAACAAUCCAGAUCUCA